AUGAUUAAUACCGAGCCGCCGCCGGGGCUGGUGUGGGGUGGCCGGGGGUCGGCGCUGGGGAGCGGGACCAGCGUGGAGCACCAGGGCUCACUCUCCACCACCUGGAUGGUGGUGGUGGCCUCUAGGGCCACGGCCCACACCACCAUCACCUGCUCCACCACCAAUGCCUCCUUCUCCUCCGGCCUCAUGAACACUGUCAGCACCACCAUCACAGUCAACUUGCCGCCGCUGGAGGUGAGGCUGGAGGCCCCUGGGGAGUGGGUGAGCGGGGGCCAGCAGACCUCCUUCAGGUGUCGUGUGGUGGGAGCGUCCCCAGAGCCCCAGGUACAGUGGUGGCUGGCCGGCCGACAGCUCGCCGCCACCACGCCCCUCACGACGGUGGCGGGUAACGUGAGUGUGAGCACUGUGAAGCUCACCCCUGAGCCUGGGGACCACGGAGCGCCCCUCGUCUGCAAGGCCUUCAGUCCUAACCUGCCCGGCACUGUGCUCCACGACCAGCUCACCCUCGCUGUCCACUUCGUGCCGGUGGCCACCAUCAGCAUCAGCGGGGGAGGAGGAGGGGGCGAGGCCCGUGUUCGUGAGGGCGGCACUGUCACCUUCACCUGUCACCUCAAGGCCAAUCCUAAGGUCUAUAACGUCACCUGGUUUCAUAACGGACGGCCGCUGCGACGGGCGGAGUGGGGGGCGAAGGCGACCAACACCACCCUGCGGCUCCACAACGUGACGGCCGACAUGCGUGGCUUGUACACCUGCCUCGGUAGCAACCUGGAGGGUGACGGCCAGAGCAACGCUAUCAACCUCAACGUCGAGUACGUACUGAAGUAA